CAGAAGAAUAUGCAAAAAAAAUCCAAAACAGACAUGUCUGCACAGUUGUUGCUGAAUAUAUGAAAGUGGUUGUGCAAGGUAAUUAGGAAAAUAGUUUACUUAACCUUUCUCUCCUUACUGUAAUGAGUGUCCUAGAGCUAUAGGUUAUAUGCUAUCCUCAUACAAAAGCAAUGUUUAUUUAGAACAUGAAUUAUUCCUUCUCAUUGAUUUGCAGCUAUCUCAGUUUUGGAGCCUUGAAUGAUUAAUUAAGGAGCCUUGCAAGAAUUUCAUCUGUUGAUUACAGCACGGCACUUUUUUUUAAGGCAAUGCGAUGGUGUAGGGACAAUCAGCAUAUUGAGCUCAUCAGUUUGUCUUCACGGUCUAUUGCAAGAAGUGCUUUGAUGGACAAGCCUUUCAUCCUCGCGCAGUUGUGACUGCAUAAAGAAGUCGCCACUUCCUGAUAGGCCAGUGAAAAGAAGGGUUGCAGCCAAUUAGAGUGGAUGAAAAAGUAUGAGAGUUUAGGUGGGGAAUAGGAGGCUGCUUUUGGAUUGGAACCGCAACUAAGCCCUCCUCGGAAAGUAGUCAUACUCACAUUGGAAGGUCAUUAAUUAAAAGGAACUUGAAUCUUAAUUUUACCUCCUUGGAAGAGAGAUCCUCACUUUUUGGAGGUACACAUAAAUGUCUUCAUGAAACUUUCUUGCAGAAAUAGAGGUAAGAUUUUAACAUGGCAAAGUUUAUUCUAGUUUAUUUGUCAAAUUCGAUUAUGAACGCAACACCUAUAUUUCAAUAAUAUUCCAACAACCCUAAACCGCAGAAAAGCUUAGUAAUUAAAAAUGAACUUAUCAGGUCUGUAAGAUGGUUGGGAGACAGACGCACCAGAUGGACAGCGGCAAUUGCUCGGUGACGGUGGUAGAUGACAGCCCAGGCUCCAGCCCGAGCUCCAGCCCGGACUCUCGCCGGACCGCCGCCGGGGUGCUCCAUGCUGGCGGUCUCGGGGGCGGACGAGGUCGGCCUGCGGCUGCCAAUGCUGCGCGGGAGAGGAGCCGCGUUCAAACCCUGCGCACCGCCUUCCUGGAGCUGCAGAGAACGUUGCCGUCGGUGCCGCCGGACACCAAGCUGUCCAAACUGGACGUGUUGAUACUGGCCACCACCUACAUUGCACAUUUGACUCGAACUCUGCAGGAGGAAGGCACCGAGGAGGGGGACAGCACAAAGCAAACAGAGGCGUUACGUUCACUCAAAGGUGAAGGCUACCUGCACCCAGUCAAGAAAUGGCCAAUGAGGUCCAGGUUGUAUGUUGGAGCAAGUGGUCAGUUCCUGAGCAAUUCCUCACAAUCAGAGAAUCAAGGCCCUUCAUCAUCAUCCACCUCCCAGUAAACUAUAUUCAUUUUGCAUGAGUGAUGCUACAGCUACACAUACCUUGUAAAUUUAAUAAAUUAUUGUGAUAUUUUUAUUUGUGUUACCCUCAAAUGUAAGUUUUUUUCUCUGUUUGACCUGCAAAGUGUGCAGCUCCAUACAUGACCCUGUAUGAGAGUUUGUGAUUCCACGGGCCAAUACUGAACUUGUCAUGCUUGAAAAGUGAGGCACUUUCAAUAGAAAACAUUUGCACUAAACAUGCAUGUGUGAAUAACUUAGCAUCUGUCAUGUGAAGUGCUCUGUCAGAGAUAACAAUAGGUGGCUCACCGUCUCAUGUUCCCUCUUUUUUUUUAUUUUUUUUUACAUGCAUGCUUGUACAAAAAAGUGUUGUGGAAAAAAAAACUGUGGUA